AUGGCCGAAUACGAUCUUUUACCCAAGUUGAUCGGUCAUCUCGACCGUCACCUUGUGUUCCCCCUCCUCGAAUUCGCAGCCGGUCAACUCCCCGAAGACGCUGAUGAUGCCGCGGUCCUUGCUAUUACAAAAGCCAAAUAUGAACUUCUUAAGACUACAAACAUGACAGAUUUCGUCGGAAACCUUAAGGCGGAACUUGAAGGUCUAGAUCAACCACCCGCAGAGUUUAACGAUAAACGACAAAAAGUUAUAUCGCGCCUGGAACAGUUCGAGGAGAGCACCAGCAAGCUCGUCGAUUUACUAGGCCGCGAAGAUGUUGUCGGAAACCUGCGAAGCGACAAGGUUGCUAACCUUGAGUUCCUGAAAAAGGACCAUGAUGUCACCAUCGAAAUGGUUAACGCGCUCUACGACUUUGGCAACUUCCAGUACAGCUGUGGUAACUAUGCUGCUGCUGCCGAUCUUUUAUACCAGUUCCGUGUGCUUUCUACCGACAAUGAUAAGGUGGCUGCCGCAACGUGGGGAAAGCUCGCAUCCGAGAUUCUGACUACAAAUUGGGAGGGUAGCGUGGAAGAACUGAACAAGGUUAAGGAGAACAUUGAUACUAAGCUUUUUAACAACCCCCUGGCCCAACUGAGUCAACGUACCUGGCUUAUCCACUGGGCGUUGUUUCCUCUCUUCAAUGACGAUCGUACUCGCGACACGCUUCUGGAUCUGUUCUUCAGCCCCGCUUACAUCAACACCAUCCAGACCAGCUGUCCCUGGAUCCUUCGUUACCUCACCGCUGCCAUCAUCACAGGUCGCAGUCGAGCUCGGAACUCUGGUCAGUACCAGAAGCAACUCAAGGAUAUUAUCCGCAUAGUUAAGCAGGAGGCGUACGAGUACAGCGACCCUGUGACCGACUUUGUGCGAGCGCUCUACAUUGACUUCGACUUCGAGGAAGCACAACGGCAGCUUUCGCUCGCCGAGGAGAUCCUGCGCUCUGACUUCUUCCUAUUCUCCACCGCUGAUGCCUUUGUUGACUCUGCGCGACACCUUAUUUCUGAGAGCUACUGCAAGAUCCAUGCCCGCAUCGAUAUUAAGGACCUAAGCGCACGUCUAGGUCUCGGUGAGGAUGAGGGUGAGAAGUGGAUCGUGAAUCUUAUCCGCGAUACCAGAGUUGAUGCGAAGAUUGAUUAUAAGGAGGGCACAGUUGUUAUGAACCACCCCCCAAGCUCUGUUUAUCAGCAAGUAAUCGAACGCACCAAGGGAGGUUUCUUCCGUACACAGGUGCUCACCGCAGCCGUGGCGAGAUAG